AAGAAAAAAAUAACCCACAGCUUAUUCUGUGCCUUCUGUGUAAAAGGCCCACAUUGCUAGGCCUUGGCCUUACACCUCAAACAGCACAUAACCUAAUUGUAAGAGAUUUAGAAUUUGAAAUUUGCCCACCCCAUACAUCAAAGCUCUUGCGCAAGUUGUGCUUCUGCCCUUUGGGCUCUCUGAGCAGCACCAUGGCGGUUGGUGAGAAUAAGCGCCUUACAAAAGGCGGCAGAAAGGGAGCUAAGAAAACGAUGGUAGACCCAUUUUUAAAGAAAGAUUGGUAUGAUGUGAAAGCACCAGCUAUAUUCAAUAUAAGAAACAUUGGGAAAACACUAGUCAUGAGAACUCAAGGAACCAAAAUCUCAUCUGAUGGUCUCAAGGGUUGUGUUUUGGAAGUGAGCCUAGUUGAUGUGCAAAAUAAUUAAGUUUCAUUUAGAAAAUUUAAGCUAAUUACUGAGGAUGUUCAGGGCAAAAACUGCCUGACUAAUUUUCAUGGCAUGGAUCUUACCCGUGACAAAAUGUGCUCCAUGGUCAAAAAACGGCAGACCCUGAUUGAAGCUCAUGUUGCUGUCAAGACUACCAACGAUUGUUUGCGUCAUCUGUUCUGUAUCGGUUUUGCUAAAAAACGCAGCAUAGAGAUUCGGAAGACCUCUUAUGCUCAGCAUCAAUAGAUGGGUCUGCCUAUUCCAGA